GAGGCGGCGGCGGCUGGGGUGGCGGCGGCGGCGGCGGCGGGGCAGGGAGUCUGGGAACGCGAGCGGGGAUGGUAGGUGCUUUGGACCCGCCGGGCCGCCGUCCUUGCCAGAAAGCGUUUCACUGGAGGAACCUCUGGAGCAACUAUGUUGGUACCAGUGAACCUGAUCGGUUCUUCCUACAUGUCCUGAAGCUCGCUGCACAGUAGAACUGGAUUUUAAUUGAGUUAGUGCCUUUGAAUUCAAAUCAAGUUUCACUAGUUCUGUAUCUGUUUUUCUAGGUUGGCUGGCUCCUCUGGCUGAUGGCAUGUUGAGAUUCAAGGGCCGGUGGCAGCGAGGGCUUCUGAUCCAGAGGGGACCACUCUAGAGGCCAGGCCACCAGUACCAUGGGCCAGUGUGUCACCAAGUGCAAGAAUCCCUCAUCAACCCUGGGCAGCAAGAAUGGAGACCGUGACCCCAGCAGCAAGUCACACAACAGGCGAGGUGCAGGCCACCGCGAGGAACAGCCGCCGGCCUGUGGCAAGCCAGGUGGGGAUAUCCUCGUCAAUGGGACCAAGAAGGCAGAGGCUGCCACGGAGGCCUGCCAGCUGCCCACGUCCUCGGGAGAUGCUGGGAGGGAGCCCAAGUCCUGUGCCGAGGAGUCUUCCUUGCAGAGGUUGGAGGAACUGUUCAGGCGCUACAAGGACGAGCGGGAGGAUGCAAUUUUGGAGGAAGGCAUGGAGCGCUUUUGCAAUGACCUCUGUGUUGACCCCACGGAAUUUCGCGUGCUGCUCUUGGCUUGGAAGUUCCAGGCUGCUACCAUGUGCAAGUUCACCAGGAAGGAGUUUUUUGAUGGCUGCAAAGCAAUAAGUGCAGACAGCAUUGAUGGGAUCUGUGCACGGUUCCCCAGCCUCUUGACCGAAGCCAAACAAGAGGACAAAUUCAAGGAUCUGUACCGGUUUACAUUUCAGUUUGGCCUGGACUCUGAAGAAGGGCAGCGGUCACUGCAUCGGGAAAUAGCCAUUGCCCUGUGGAAGCUAGUCUUUACCCAGAACAACCCGCCCGUGUUGGACCAGUGGCUACACUUCCUAACAGAGAACCCUUCGGGGGUCAAGGGCAUCUCCCGGGACACUUGGAACAUGUUCCUUAACUUCACUCAGGUGAUCGGCCCCGACCUCAGCAACUACAGCGAAGACGAAGCCUGGCCCAGUCUCUUCGACACCUUUGUGGAGUGGGAGAUGGAGCGGAGGGAGAGGGGCGGGGCCGGGGCCGGGGCGCGCAGCUCGGGGCCCCCGGGCUUGUGUCCCCAGGAGCAGACUUAGUGCUCUGUCCCGGGGCGGCGCUGCCCUGGAGCCAGCCGAGGAAUGGACCUUUCUGGAAAUUACCGAAGAUCCGGAUAUUUUCUACUUUACACCUUUCUCUGCCUUGUAUCUGAAAGGGCUCUAAAAUGCUGUAUCAUGUUUUAGGCACUUUCUUCACUUUUUGGUUAUUUUGGUUAUUUCCUUUUUUUGGGGGGUCCCCCAAAAUAUUUGAACCUGGCUACAUGUUAUGUAUCUUUUCUUUAAGCCUUCAGACAGAAUAAGCCUGCCACUUGUUGCACAAAUAGAUUGUUUGUGGGGGAGGGCGCCUGGGGGGCGGCGGUCCGCUGAGCUGACGUUAGACACCAGUGCCAGGUCUGCUGUGCACCCUGUUUCAGGGCAGGUCUGUGCUGUGUGUGGUGCUGUUUACAUGGUUGGAUUGCGGUUGUGAUGACUUUUAAAGAUUGACACGGAGUUGACUAGCAGUGUUAACUGUUAACCACGUUGCAUUAAUUCCCUGUGAGUUAAAGCCUUGGAGAGCCGGGCCGCCAAGUGUGUCCUCUGGUGACAGCCCGCCCAGCUCACUUACCCGAGCCCGCGCUCCCGCACUUGCUCACCCCUCUGUCCCCCAGCCCGGCCGGGGCCAGGCAGGGGGCGGUGUUCUGGAGCAGCCCGCAGCCACGGCCAGAGACAGCAGCGCUGCCUCCGCUGGCUGGAAGCGGUCUUGGAUGGGUGUUCUUCUUUGAUGACAUUUUCUGUCUUUUCAUGUUGUGAGUGGAAAUACCUUUUUUUUCUUUGUUCAUUUGCCUUGGAGCCAAAGUUUCUGUUCCUGGUGGUCGGAAACUGCCUGCCAGCCGCCGGACUCGAAGGAAAGCUGUGGCAUGGAGCUCUGCUUGAUGCUUCCUUAAAAACGUUGAGUAUCAUCAGCUCACUGUCUGGCAAGUGCAGAAGCCUGGGGCUGGCCCGACCUCUGCCAGACGUAGCGUGUAUUUAACAGUAGACGUGUGCCCUUGCCUUCUGCUGCGCCGUGUCGUCGCUCACCCCGGGCGUUAUUUAUUAUCUGUGUUGAUGUCAGGCUCAUUGGGGUGACGUGAUGACUGUUUAGGUUUACAUUGCCCUCUUCUUCCCCUCCCCAAAUAUGUAUAUGUACAUAUAUAAGAUAUGUAUGUGUUUUACCUAUCUAAAAUAUAUAUGUACACAUAUAUGUGUCUAUAUUCCCGUUUGCCUGCUAAAACUGGCCUGAGAGGAGGGAGAGGAGGGCCAGGGAACACCAGGAUGGAGGCUUCUGAAUCUGAGUGUGGACCAUUCUCACUAAAGAGAAGAUGAAUUUUCUCAGCUCUUUCCUCACAAGAGGGAGGCCCAGUUCCCCAGACGCCGCGCUCACUCCCGGGGGCCAGCCUUGGACGCGCUGCCCAGGAGCUGACUGUCCUACCUCUUCAGUGGAGGGCUUGUCCUUUCCCCUCGGCCAUGUCCCCGAGCCUGUGCUGGAAGGGUGGGCAGGAACUUGGGAACAGGUGGAAAAGGGAAUCUUUUAAAUAAACGUAUAAAACACUUA